AAAUUAACUUGUUUAUGUGUUUCUCAAUUUAAUCUUUUAUGGGAAGGAAGAAGGGAACGAAAGGCCAGAAGAAAGGCUGGGAUAAAAAGCCUCGUCAGAAGCAGCAAGUUCCCAAAAUUUCGUCAUCAAGGAGUGAUGAUGAAGAUGUGUCAAAGAAAUUGGAGGAAACGGAUACACAGCGAGAACAAGGAGUCGUGGGGAGUUUGAACGAGCGGAACCUUUACUAAUCGACUCGUGUCAAAUUCAAGACGCAGAAAGUUGGCAUCUUCUUACUGCCAACGUUCUUGUUCCAUUAGCAGAUUGUUUGCUGAAAUUGGAUCAUACUGACAAGUAUGCAUUUUAAUAUUUUAAAAAAUUUAAAUUGCUUUUUGUAUUGUAUGGCAGGUAUGCAAGUGCUUGUUCGAGUUUGGCGUGUCGUGAUCCGUCGCUGCUUGAUACAAGACAUCAGCAUUAUUAUCAGGAAUUGUUGAGGAUUGCUAGAGAUGGAAAAGAGCAAGUACUGCUACCCUUGGAUGCCAUAUUCAACUACCAGGGCGGGAAACCAGGCAACGAAGACGGCGUCUUUUACACAGACAGCGAAGUCACCAUCAUAAUCGAGUUUGUCAGUCUACUGUUCAAGCCAAUCACAUUCGAUCGAGUCGCACUCAGUUUGCAUUGCAUGCAUACACCAUAUCUACAGUCUCCGAUUCACAGCAGCAUUCGUCCGGGACUCAAAGACGCGUCGCGUCGGUUAAGGUGAAGCUGAUGCCGUCGGAUCACGAACUGAAACGCAUGCAACGACUUGCAAAGUCAAAAGCGAACGAAACGAGUGAAACAAUCGGAGAGACCGACAGCAUCCAGUUGAAUCAAAAUCAAGAGGGAGAGAGUCAGUCACCGUUUGCGAGUGUCAGUAUGAUCUCCAUGGAUCUUGACUUGGAUGGUAAUGCUGAUGUAUUGGAUAGUCAAGGGACAGUGGAGAGUGACCAGUCUGCACAAGCAGUGGAGACUGACUCGGUUGUUGAGUCGAUGCUGGAGGCGAUGAACGAGAUGGAGGAUGACGCGAUGAGCAAGUCGGUGGAUGUUUGUGCUAUUAGUGGGAAGGUUGAUGAUGACUUGUGGAGUCUUUCUGAUACGGACAGUGUGGAUGCGAAGCUUGUGUGGUUGGAAGCUUGUGGGUGUGAAAUGAAUUCGGGACCGAACACGCUUGCACUUCAUGGACAGAUCUCUGUUGAAGGUCAGUAUUUCAGUCGUGGUCUGCUAUGUGAGUUAGGCUCUUUGCAGUACUUUCUUGAUCGCGUCUCGACGCCAAAGAGACAACAAGGAAUCGUUGUUCUUCCUCGCAACCCUGAUGUGACAAUUUCUAUCAACAAAAGUGACGGAGGUCAUCUACUCGUCUGUGAAAUACAGAGAGUACGUCUACAGCUCUCAACAGGCAGACAAAGCAUCCCACUAUCCUCCACCCUACAGAUCGAAAUUCCCAAGGAAUUCUCUAUUCAACGUGUUCUCUCUUCGUCCAGCUCACCUACAUCCUCCGAUGAUGACCACACACCCACAAACAUCUCAGUCUCUUUGUUCAAAACCGACAACGUAAUGGUUUGCCUGCAGCUUCCAGCAGUUGGACCGGAGAGAUUUUGAGCUGCAAGUGACGGCCAAUCGAGAGGCAAGCAGCAGCAGUGCACGAUGCUGGGAAGUCAAUAUGACUGCAGUGUGUCUGUGGUAUCUCCCUGUACACAGAGCUAAUCUCUCGCUUAUAUUCUACACUCCAAUUAAAUCAAUUUUCAAGCUCCUUACCGCACGAAACAGGCAGUUCCUCUAGGCAUUUAUUUCCAAUACAUUUCCGGUGGAGUUGGUGCUUCAAUCAGUAAAAAUAUUGUGUGGAAAUAUUAAGCUACAAGCGAUGCAUAGUGAGAUGGAAACGGAGGAGAUGGUCAUACCUGCACAGACAACAGGGUACCUUUGGGUGACAAGUAUGGAGACGAAAUUGGAGGUUCUAUAUAGUGAAAUGUUUGGUGUGGUUUUGUGUUGUUGGAGAAGUUUUAGCAGGACAGCAGGGAUGUUGUGCUAUUAAAUAUAAAUUCAAAAGUUUUAAGGAUGAACACGAAAUGAAGGUCAACUUUCAUCUUUAAUAUUCAGUGCUUCUACUAUAGUAUCGAAACAGACCAGUAACUAGAAGCAAACAACUAUGAACACAGCUCUACGUAUGUAUAGCAUGUACUAAUGGUUAGUGAUACUAGAAUCACAUGAUCAAUUCAUACAA